AUGGCCGCCCCAGGGAAUUUUAGCGUCUCUCAUAUAAUCGAUUACACCAUCCCUUAUCAGACUGCUGCUCUGUUUAUUGGCGUUCUGGCACUUCUUAUACUGUUGAUUGAUCAUGCUGAUCUUCUUCUGCGCGCCUGGCCCGUCAGAGGUCUUCAUUGCGUAUCCAGCCAGACACUUCUAAAAGCGAGAUUCAGGCAGAAAAUGAGUACCUCCGAGUUAGAUGAUGGUCUCAGAAAUGCAUAUAACACAAUGGCCGCCAUGGGAUACCAUACUCAAGUAAAUUGUCAAACUCACCUUCGCGCUGUUCUGGCAUACAACCAAAAGAGGCACUUCGAGUGGACCAAAUUCAAUAUUGAGGAAAUACUAUCCCCUCUAUUGAUGAUAUUUUCUACCUCGUUGGUCCUUGGGCCGAAGUUCUCCAGGGACGAAGAGCUCAUGGGGCAAAUAACUUCACAUGUUCUAGGUAUUGAAGUAUGGAGAUUCUCUCCAACUAACCGUGCAUUUCGCUCCAAUGAUUUGGUGUUAAGGGAAAAGUUGAUUCCCGAAAUGCGGCGGCGUAUAAAAAUGCUACGAUCGGGCGAAUCGGCUAGUGACGAUCUAACUAUGUUGACUGUGUUUUUGAAGUUUGCAUUAAAGGAUGGCCUUCUUUCCGAGAAAGAGUCUGUGGAUGAUGAGAAGCAAAUUGGUAGCCUCUUCAUGAAGAUGUUGUUCCAUAUCUAUGAAGUUUGGGGGCCUAUUACGCCGCUUCUACUUGCCAUGCUAUCACGAAUCAUGGCAGCCCCUGAAUAUGUGGACGACCUAAGGGAGGAGAUUUCAGGAGCCUUGGCUUCUGCGGGUGGAUGGGAAUCUGAUUUCCUAGCACAUACACCGAAGUUCGAAAGUUUUGUGCGUGAAACGUUACGUUUGAACGUAGCAAUUCAAGUAAGUGUAUCCCGGCUCCUGCACGCGCCGCUCAAGAUUAAGUCUAUGGACAUGGAUAUUCCAAAAGGAUCAUAUAUUGGAAUACCUAUGAGGUAUAUUCAUACUGAUCCUGAAGUCUAUCCUGACCCAAUGACCUUUGACGGGUAUCGGUUUUAUAACCCAACGUCGAAAACGAGCACUGCACGGGCAACAACCGCCUCCGAGACAUUUCUUUCGUUUGGCUAUGGGGCCUCAGUUUGUCCUGGGCGGUUCAUCGGUGUAAAGGCAGCCCAGAUUGCUUUUUCAAAGUUCAUCCUGGACUAUGACGUACGGUUUACAUCCAAGGAGCAAAAAUUUCCUCCGAUGAUCAUCUAUGAGAAUACGUGGAUAUUCCCUGAGAUGAAUGUGAUUGCAGAAGCUCGGAGACGAUAG